AUGGAUCUUGGCCAGGCCUUUAAAAAAAACCAAAAGUUAGGUACAAUGACUUGUGAUUCAGACCUCUAUAGAAACUUGAAGACUAUCCGCAAGGAAUUUAACGCAGUAUACAGUCAACUUCUUUCCCUGAAUAGGUCAAUUAAGAUUAAGAGCUCAGAAAUGUAUGACUUAAACAGAGGGAUACAUAGUCAGAAUGAACCAACCCCAACAGCUGGUAUACCUCUUUCGGAAAAAUCACAAAAUGCCAUCAUAUUAGGCCAAGCAAUUAUCCAAGGCUUAGAUCCGGGUGUUGUAACAACUGCUUCUGUACGUGCAACCAAAUCUUCUUUGUUUCGGAGUAUUAAUAGAUAUAGCACACUGGAGAGUCUGGAAGAUUGUGAUCAUGAUGUCGAAAAUGAAGUAACCUUUGAACCGACUGUCGUAUUUGGGUACGAUUCACUUAAGAAUAACUAA